ACCCGGAUGCAGCCUUAAAAUAUUUGAUAACCACUUUCGUUUCCGUCUCGAGUGAACACAACAAACCGAAUAGAGACGUUUUCUGUUCAGUUUGGUGUAUUACCGGACGACAAUGUUAGCAUUUUGCCCUGUUUGUUCAAAUGUCUUAAUCGUAGAAGAGGGACAAGAGUGCAUGAGAUUCGCUUGUAACACAUGCCCUUAUGUUCAAAACAUUACGAGAAAGGUAACUCAUUGCUGCUCGCUACCUUUAACAACAGAGUAACAGAGUGUAGUUUGUAGUCUGUACUGUAGUACAGUUAUUAUUAUUAGUAUACUGAGUAUACUUUUAGAUUAUAUGAUUAUAUGGGGCAUAACUAAAAAGUAUUAUUUAUUAGAUUAUUGAUUAUGGUAUUAUUAGUACAUUUUAUUUGAUGAUGAAUUGGUGUAAUAAUAUUUAUAAUCUUAUAAUUAUAACUAUAACUUAUCAGUCAUAUCUAUGUCUAUAUGAUUAAGUAAUUAAGUGUCUACUUUAAUUUUUAAAAAAAUAAGUUUCACUUUAUAUUCUUUGUUACUUUGUAUUUAAAUAAAAAGUUUAGAAAAUCCCUUUGACCUUUGACUUUGUUUAGAUUUUAAAAUUAAAAUGCACUAUGACUAUGAUUAUGGCAUAGUCACUUUUUUAGGGAUACAAAUACAAGACUUAAUACUUAAUAGUCAAAGAAUGGAUCCUGGUAGGGGAAGGAGAAUAGUUAAAAAAUGUGUAGGGUGUGUGGAGUACAGAAAAGGUAGGGGAACCCUGGUUUAAAAGCUUUGAUUCUGAAAAUCAAAGUUAGGCCUGUAAUUUUUGGGGAUAUGCUUGCCUUUGACAGCUGUGAUCUGACUUAAGUGCCUUUAUUAUUAUUAUGAUAUUUAUGUUUCCUUCCCUUUUUACAUUCCUUUUUACAAAAUUUAUUGUGGAUACUGAUGUUAGGCGAUUUCAGUUGCUACUGUGAUAGGUUAUGAUUUCACACAAAAACAAUACACAGCGUCACACAUGCUCAGAUCACAGUUUUAUCUAAUUAAUAAAUACUAAUAGUAUUACUAUUAACGUUUAAUUUUAACUAGGUCUGUGAUUGUGUUAGUUGAAAGUGUGCAAUGUAAUGAGCCACUUCUCUACAUCUGUAACGUCUACUAAUAAGGAAUGAUUAAUGAUUAUAUUAUUUAACUUUGAGUUGUAAUUUAUUACUUACCUCUAAUGAAACUUGAAUUUUAGAGUCUAAAUGUUAGAAAUAAAACUAGAAAGUACUUCCUAGCAAAAUCAGGUUUAAAAACGUCUUAAAAACUGUCAUAUUGUCAUACUAAACAAGACAGAUACCAGUACGUUUCUACCGAAACCAUGGCAGGUAUGGACAUGGAACAAAUUUAUUGUGACAAUUUUUUUUUAUGGACUACUGAUUAAUUUCUACCGAUUUCUCAAUGAAGUCACUGUGUCUAACAUUUAAAAAAAACUUAAGUUAUUUGGUAAGUACUGGACCAAAAUAUAUCUUUAUUGUUUUAUUUGAGAUUUCCUUUACUUUGAUAAAAAUUAACAGUGAACGCUGUUUCGAUGUACCAGUCACUAUUCAGCCAGAAAAUUACAAUUCUAUUCCAUAGUUACCUGUAAUUUUUGCAUUUUAUGACAUUUCAGAUCUCCCACAAAGUCUAUCCAAAAUUAAAAGAAGUUGAUGAUGUCUUGGGAGGGGCUGCAGCCUGGGAGAAUGUAGAUUCAACAGAAGGUGAGUAGGAAUGCAUUUGUCAACAUAUUUUUGAGUACAAAACAAAUCAAAGAAAGGAUUUUGUUUUUAUGAUUAAUCUAAUUUUUUGGAUUGGUUGGUUUUUGGGGUGGGGGGGACAGGGUGGUGGAGGAGAUGAGGGGAUUGUUGUCAUUUAUUGGCUUCCUUAGCAUUGUGAAAAAAGAUUACAGAUAAUUUUAAAGUAAAAACUAAACUAAAAGUUUUUUAGAUUUCAUGAGAUGCUUCCCUGGAGACAAUUUUCUGUUGGAUUCUUCCAUGCUCAGCAGUGUUUUAUUCUCUCUGUAAUCAGCCCAGUUUUCAUCAAAAGUGUCUCAACAUCUUCCCUUUGAUGAUCCCUGUCUUAGGGAAAGUUUACAACAUGUGUUGUUUCCCCUAAUUUUUCUUUUCUCCCCCUAAUGCUAUAACUUGAAAUGUAUGGAGAUUUCUGAGUUAACCAACAGCACUCUACAUUACAUUUCAUGACAAGUAUUUUCAAGAUUUUCUGAUGAUCCUGUCUCUCCAACCCUCCCCAAGCAAAUCAAGUCACCCCCUCCCCCCAAAAAAAAAUGGUUCCCUUGUGGUUUAAUUUGCCAUUAGGUUAAUGCAGCACUGAUUGAAGUCUCUCAGCAGAAACAUCCAUUUUUUUUUUGGUUGUGUCUUUCUUAAGGUUUCCCCUUACCAUGCAUGUUAUAUUUCAUGAAUUUAAGAUUAACUAGAUUUGAUGAUGCUUAAUGCAAAUGUUCUUCUCUUCUAUUUCCAGUGACUUGUCCCAAAUGUGAUCACAAAAGAGCUUUCUUCAUGCAGAUUCAGACCAGAUCUGCUGAUGAACCUAUGACAACAUUUUACAAAUGCUGCAACAUGGCAUGUGGCCACAGGUGGAGAGAAUAAACUUGGUGAAAUUAGUGAUUGUUUGUGGUUGGUUGGUGUAUGUGAAAAACUUUAAUUGUGUGGAUCCAUCAUGCAAACACGAGCUUAUUAGAUAAAAAGUCUACUUGGGUCUUCCUCUUCAAAAACCUUCUUUUAAUUGGAUUGUAAAACUGACAGAGUUAUGAUAUUAAUGUUGGAAUUUCUGGUAGUGGAAUUAGAUGUUGUUGUAACAAGACAGAUAAUUGUCUGUUACAUUGCCAUGUUUGCCCGUCACACCCCCACUCCCCCCAAUCCCCUAAGCACUUGACUGCUAACCAGAGAUCUCCUCAUAUGCUGAUCCUGUCUCUCCAACCCUCCCCACUUUUGUCUCAUCUACUGUCAGUGACCACAUUUUGUUUUGUGCACCUUAUCCAUGAGUGUUUAUUUGGGAGAUGUAAAAUAUUUGUGAAAAUAUGGCUGAGAAGCACAUCUCAAUGAACGGACAAGGCGUUCAUAAACUAGCCCUUCAGAUAAUUGUUAUUAAAAAAAGGGGUUAACUCAUGUGAGAGUGCCUGGUUGAAAUGAAUAAGCUCCUUAUUUAAUGGCAAUGUAGGUGUGUAAUGUAAAUAAUUUCUUUAAUAAUUUAUAAUUAUAAUAUUAUAUGGAGGAAUAAGAAUAGAAUUUAGAGUGCUGUUUUUAUUUGAUGAGUUUUGUGGUAAAAAUAAAACCAAAAUUUCAAGAUUUAGGAGUCAUGCUAAGACUUACUGAAACUGCUGUUUGUGUUUAAAUUAUUCUAGUUGCUUUUAAGUGGGACGGACAGACUGACAGUAAAUUAUGAUAAAGUAUGUAGUUAUUAAUUUAGUGGAGAGACUGGCAGUAAAUUACGAUAAAGUUUGUAGUUAUUAAUUUAGUGGAGAGACUGGCAGUAAAUAAUUAUAAAGUAUGUAGUUAUUAAUUUAGUGGAGAGACUGGCAGUAAAUUAUGAUAAAGUAUGUAGUUAUUCAUUUAGUGGAGAGACUGGCAGUAAAUUAUGAUAAAGUAUGUAGUUAUUCAUUUAGUGGACAGACUGGCAGUAAAUUAUGAUAAAGUAUGUAGUUAUUAAUUUAGUGGAGAGACUGGCAGUAAAUUAUGAUAAAGUAUGUAGUUAUUAAUUUAGUGGAGAGACUGGCGGUAAAUUAUGAUAAAGUAUGUAGUUAUUAAUUUAGUAGACAGACUGGCAGUAAAUUAUGAUAAAGUAUGUAGUUAUUAAUUUAGGGGAGAGACUGGCGGUAAAUUAUGAUAAAGUAUGUAGUUAUUAAUUUAGUGGACAGACUGGCAGUAAAUUAUGAUAAAUUCUAUAGUUAUAAGUUUGUGCACUGAAUAAAUAAGGAGUGCCUUAAUUAUCCAUUCUACCUUAGUAUUUAUGGAUAUGCAAAUAUAUUUAUGUUUUAAUCCUUUUGUCAGUUGUAUGUUCAUCCUUAUGUUUAUUGUAAGUCCAUGUAUGAAGUCAAGAAUGUCAAUUUUUACAUGCUGCCAUUUUGUAUGUUCAUCCUUAUGUUUAUUGUAAAUCCAUGUUUGAAGUCAAGAAUGUCAAUUUUUACAUGCUGCCAUUUUGUAUGUUCAUCCUUAUGUUUAUUGUAAAUCCAUGUAUGAAGUCAAGAAUGUCAAUUUUUACAUGCUGCCAAUGGCUUUGUGUGUUUGGAUCAUUCUGAAAUUAUGAUUUGAGAAACUAAGCCAUUUGAAAGAAAGACUUGGAGCAUGAGAGAGAGAGCGAGAGAUGGUGUGAGAACAGUGUAGUCUAGUGGGUGCUUCUUUUUUGCAAUGAACAUGAAGCAAUAGAUUUGAUUAAUGAAUGAAAAGUGCGCAGAAGAUGAAGUGUAGGAUGGCGUGAGAAGAGAGAGAGAGAGAGAGAGAGAGUCAGUGGACAUUUUCAAUGCGUGUAAGACAGUGUGCAAGUUGUUCUUUUUUUUUUUUUUUCGUUUGUGG